AAAUUAAUUCUCACUCUGUCCCAUUACCCUCCCCCACUCACUUUCUCUCUCUGCACUCUCUUUCUCUCUCUAACCCAAACCAAAUCACGCGUUUAAAUUCCAAGGAUUCUCCCCCUUUUCCCUUUUUCUACCCACUGUUUCAUUGUUGGGUCUCGUCUCUUCCUUCAGGCCUUCAGUUCCCAAAUUAUCACACUCUACAGAAUUUUUAGAAAAUGGAGCCAUAUUGUUCACUCAAUAUAAAGCCUGAGGACGAGACUAAAGCUCUGGGGUACUUGCUCGAUGUCUAUCAUCCAUUUUUCUCUCUUCAAGAGAUAGCCUCUGCCUACUGCAAGGCAGGGAGUGAUCUAUGCAAAGCUGGAGAGCUUCUGUGCCAACUCCAAAAGAGCAACUCCGAUAUUGCACUCCCUGAAAUUGACAAUGGAAAGAACACCAUGCAACUACAGGAAUCAGCUACUGAGGAUAAAGCAAACCACUUUUGCAAUAUCACAGUAUCAAAACCAAAGAAACUAACUGCUGCAGUAGGAACUGUAUCUACUAUCCUAGGCAAAUCAUAUGCUCGGCCUGCUUCAUCUAAAAGGGAAGUGGUGGAAGCAACCAAACCUUCAAAGUCUGAAGUGAAAGUAUCAUCUCCUGAUGAGCUUGAGAAAGAGGCUGUUAAUCCGGAAAACCAUUUAAACCACAAGGAUAUAGAGGAGCUUCUCUUUUCAAUGCUUGGAGAUGGUUUUAAGCUCAGCAUGGAUGUGAUUCGAGAAGUUCUAGGUCAAUGCGGAUAUGAUGUGAAGAAGAGCAUGAACGAAUUGUUGGGAUUAUCUGCAAAAGCUCAGGACAAGGGAAAGGGAAUAGCUUACGAUAUAUCAGAAAAAUGUAUAGGUGCGGACCCAAAAUCUGAACUCUGGCAUCCGAAGGAAAGUCAUGAGAAGCUUCCUUCCAUAAGAAAAGCAACAGAGCCAACUAGCCUUAACAAAGAGAGAUCUGAUCUUCCAAGGGAACUGCUACUAUCAUUGUUUAGUCCGCCUGAUAGAUUUGAGGAGGAAGAACCAAAGAAACGGCUUGAAUGGGGGUUAAAUAGAACAAGGGUGAUUGGACAAAAGGUUGUUACAAAGCCAUAUGAUGAUAUUAUUUCUAAGCCAGUUUCUGACCCAGCAAAUGCUCAGCCUGAGAAUGAUCAUGUUGUGGAGGAAGAGGACAUUUAUGGGAUGCUUAGGCAAGAUGCAAAGAAGCACUGGGAUAAAAUGAAGGAACUUUAUGAAGCUGCUAUUGAAGCAUAUGGAAGUGGUGAUCGCUCAAAAGCCAAUGAUCUGAUAGAGCAAGGAAGGCGUCACAAGCAAAUGGCUCGAGAAGCAGAUGAAAAAUGUGCAGUGGAGAUUCUGGAAACAAAAAAAUCCGAGACCCGAAAUGAUGUACCACUUGAUUUGCGUAUCCACAGUGCAAGAGAUUCUAUACGCUUGUUGAAGAAGCAUCUAGUGUCAUUAGCUAACAUUCCAAUAUUUAGGUACUUGAAAGUUAUUGUUAAUACUGAUGAUGAAGAUACCACUAAAGGAAAGAGGAAAAGACAGGUCAUUAAGCUUUUGGAGAGAGAAUCCAUUAAGUGGACCGAAGAAGAUGGGAAUCCAGGGACGAUACUUAUUCUGCUGAACGAAGUCGAUCCGAGCAACCUGACUUUUGCAGAUAACCAACAGUGAUAUAAAUCUAAUUUUAGGUGGAAUUUUGGGUAGUUUUGUAGUCUCCUUCUGCUGUUCAAAAAGAGAAAAGUUUUACAUAGGCAAUUUCUUUUGAAAGACUAGAAACGACGAAAACUAGAAAAGAAAAGAGAGAGAAAAAUGUAACUAAUAUUGUGUCUCAAAGAAUGCUGAUGUAUGGUAGUGACUAUGAAAUGUAGACAAUCGAGACAAUUCAAAGGAUUGCUUACGAUGAUGAGUUCCAUGCAUAA